GGGGCGCGGCCGACGGCUCCGACCCGGCGCUCUCGGCGCCUUCGGCGGGCACGAUGUCGCCUCCGAAAGCUCGUGCCUUCAUGCAGAGAAGUCCUGUUUGGAGUUGUGCACUGUUCUCUUUAUUGGUACGGAUGCAGACUUAGCCAUUCUCUGACAUGGGAAUGAACUGGCGUGGCCUGGCCUCAUCCACCCGAUGAAACUCUCAGGCCUCAGAGGAGGGCGGCUGUAUGAAAAACUGCCUUUCGCCAGUAGACCUGGGACAGGCUGACUCCCAAAUUAUGCAGAAAAUGUCAGCUUACUGUUCAAGUUGUACUGCCUCACAGUGAUGACCCUGGUUGCUGCAACGUACACGGUCGCAUUGCGGUACACAAGGACAGUGGAUACAGAACUCUACUUUUCAACGACGGCUGUGUGCAUCACUGAAGUUAUCAAGUUGUUCUUGAGUGUGGGCAUCUUGGCGAAAGAAACUGGAAGUCUGACAAGGUUAAUAACAUCUUUAAAAGAAAAUGUAUUCGGAAGUCCUACAGAAUUGCUAAAAUUAAGUGUACCAUCUUUGGUGUAUGCUCUCCAAAACAAUAUGGCAUUUGUGGCUCUUAGCAACUUGGAUGCGGCGGUGUACCAGGUGACAUAUCAGUUGAAGAUCCCUUGUACAGCUUUAUGUACAGUCCUAAUGCUAAACCGUACCCUUAGUAAGUUGCAGUGGUUCUCUGUCUUCAUGCUGUGCGGUGGUGUUACCCUUGUUCAGUGGAAGCCUGCUCAGGCUACAAAAGUACAGGUGGAGCAGAAUCCAUGGCUAGGGUUUGGAGCGAUUGCUGUUGCUGUAUUGUGUUCAGGAUUUGCAGGAGUUUAUUUUGAGAAGGUCGUAAAGAGUUCAGAUACUUCCUUGUGGGUGAGGAACAUUCAGAUGUACUUGUCUGGGAUUCUGGUGACUUUAUUCGGUGUGUACAUGUCAGACGGAGCCCAAGUUCAUGAGAAAGGGUUUUUCUAUGGCUAUACAUACUACGUCUGGUUUGUCAUCUUUCUUGCCAGCGUCGGUGGCCUCUACACUUCGGUCGUUGUUAAGUACACAGAUAAUAUUAUGAAAGGCUUUUCUGCAGCGGCAGCCAUUGUUCUUUCUACUGUGGCAUCCUACAUCCUCUUUGGCCUCCAGAUAACUCUUACCUUCUCCGUGGGUGCUUUCCUGGUGUGUGUUUCUAUUUACCUCUAUGGAUUACCUCGACAAGACACCACGAAAAUCCAGCCAUCAGAGACUAAGAGCUCAAAAGAGAGACUUGCUACUGUGUGACAUUGUCCAUUUUUAUGGACAGAUAGACAAGAGAAAAAGUGGACUCUAAAAAAAAAAAACCUACAUGUUUUUAAAAUGAGCCUUAAGCUAGUCAUGAAACGGUUUCAGUGGGAUAGACUAAAAGCAGAAGUUAGCUCUGUUUUACAUGUGAAGCUUCCAGUGGCUGAUGCUGAGGCUACAUUACAGCCGAGGAGCUGGAUGGGUGUUUUAUUGAAGGUAUUCUUCAUUCACAUUGGACAAUGAAGAGUCCCAUUUACAAGGAAAGCAGAACAAAGGAACCAAACACUCAAUUGUAUAUAAUGUAUAUAACGGGGGGAAAUUGGUUCUUUGUGUAUUUGAUAAACUGUCUUGCCCUUUGAGGGCAGAAAUUCCCAAAAGCUUCAUAAAAAUCUAUUAAAAAGAGCAACUACUGCCAGCAUUUUCUCUUAAA